UUUCACCCACCUCUUUGACCACAGCGCUUCCUUCCCCCAAAAAUGCGUAAACCGUAUUCCAACUUAAACUAAGCUAACAAAACCUGCUAAACAGCUAAACCUAGCAUAAGAGCUCCAACCCUCUUCCUCUUUCAAAUCCACAUUCACCGCCUGACCACCAGCAUUUGUCGUCGCCGCCUGCACCAGUGAUCAUUGGCCAUUGUUACAUCUACCCCUAUUUGUCGCUUGGUCUUCCUGUAUCUGUUGGCGUCGCACCCUCGGUCAUAUUCGCCAAUGCAGUCUCCAUUGGCAUCAAUCUAAGGUCACUCAUCCAAGAACAAAAUUUAAAAGAUUAAUCAAAUGCCUAGGAAAUUUCGGUACACCGCUAGUAGUGCAGCCCGUACUGUUGCUGCCCCUGAGAAUCAAACCCAAGCUACUCUGGAUGGAACGACGUAUGCUGGAGCUAACACUUCAAGUGCACAGCGACGUGCUAGAGCGCCUCUACUUCCACAUUCCCGCAACAAUACUCGACAAUCUCAUGCUAAUGCUGUGCCGUUUCGACCUCCGUGCAAUGAAAGACGAUUGGCUCCGUCGAGUGACAUGGGUGACAUUCGAGCUCCUGCAAUGCGCACGAAGAGUUGGGAUCGCGAUGAAGAUGCAGAUGUCUAUUCAGAAGAUGAAGACUAUGACCCAGAGGCGGAUGAGGUCGAGUCAUUCGAUGAUCAUGUCGACGACUUGUUUGCCACGCAUGAAGCUGAACAUCGAGGCAAUGCUAACAGCCAAAAAAAGGACACCAAUUUUUGAGAAGUUGAUGUCAUUGAAAAUGGCGUGAUAAAAAAGAUGGAUCUCACGGUUAAUGAGGCAUUAGCACUUCCUCCUGGAAGGAAAAUCGUACUCCACCAUAACAAAGAGAUGCAACAAGUUGGUCAAUCAGCUGGCCUAUUAAGCAGGUUCUUGGAGAGUUUAGGGGCUGAUUUUCAACAAUUACUAAUUUAUGAAGAAAGUUGGAGGACAAUGAACAAAGCUAUUAAGGAGCACGUGUUUGACCAGUUUAAGCGAGUCUUUCACUAUGAGGACGAUGGAGGAAGAAGAAUAAAGCGGAUAAUCAUACAAAGGAUAGGAAGAAACUGGAAGAACACAAGAAAUAAUUUGUUCCAUAAGUUUUAUGAUAGUAGAAGGACUUUUGAGCAAGAUGCCAACCAUAAACCAUCAGGAAUAGAUGCAAAUCACUGGAAGUGGUUUCUUGAAUAUCGGUUGAAGGAUUCAACAAAGGAGAAGUGCAGAAAAAAUACCGCAAACUGUUCAAAGCAACGUUACACACAUACUGGAGGUUCUAAAACAUUGGCCAGGAAAAGACACAAAGAAGUAAUCAAUAACAGUAAUUCAAUUUUAGAUUUUUGCUUAAUUUUUUGUAAUAUAGAGUUUUUGAUUAGGUGAAUUUCUGCUUCUAAUUUGGCUUGAAUUUGGAAUUUGAUGCUACUGAGGAUGUUCUUCUGCUUUUGUGCAUCUGCUUCUGGGUGUUCUUCUGCGUUUGAGGAAGAAGAUGGGUGUUGAGGAAGA